AUGUCGACGUCCAGGUUACCCUGUGUUCCUUCUCUUCGAAAGCAACAAUUACACCUUGAAUUCGCAAGCUUAAAACAUGCCGCACCACCGGGGGUCUACGUAAGUCUCGCGCCUGGGGACCCGACGCUUUGGAAUGGGGUCAUAUUCGUUCGGUCUGGCCCAUAUGCUUCAGCUGUCCUCCGCCUCCAACUCCGCUUCCCGGAUACCUACCCGGACCUCCCACCGCUAGUCACAUUUGCAACCGACCUGUUCCACCCAUUGAUUGUACCUCUUACCACAUAUACCUUCAGUACCGGCUCGGCAAGUGAUAAUCCCGUUAGCGCAACGGAUGAUGAGCGAUUACCGCCGGGUGGGUUCAGCCUACGCCAUGGAUUCCCUCAUUGGUUUGGUAGGGCAAAGCGCAGCGGCCGAGCAUCGGGCAAUAAUUCUCGAAAUGUUAGCGGUGCCAAUGCCAGUACUGCAUCAACUGAACAGGAAAGUUCUGCAGACCCAAUGACGAAUGAUGGUGCCUCGGAUACACCAAAACCUCCUGUGACUUCAAUCACUAGAGAAGUAGGAAGCGAAGAAGCCAACGUGGAAACCCUGCGUUUGGCAAAGGUACCGACAGAUCAUUUUACGCAACCAAGGCAAGUUGUGCCUGUCUCCGAGAUAUUGGAUUACAUCCGGUCGACAUUUGACGACGAAGCAGUGUUGGAUUCAUUGCCAGUCGAGGUCGCGGGAAAUACUGGAGCAUGGCAUGCGUGGAAGGCACAUCGUCGAGGUGGAUCUGGUCCUGGUCACUUGAAACGAGGAAGUCCACAGGCUCGGCUUCCGGGGGAUUGGCACUGGGAUGGAAUUUGGGCUCGACGAGUACAGGAUGAGAUCGAAAACUCUCGUUCUGAGCCAAUGCUGUUCGGAGGUUCUGCUCGUGGUGUGGAUGAAAUGAUUCGAUUCUCCCGGCUGGACGAUGCGACUCUUAAUACAGUCAAGGAAAAUAUGACUGCGAUGGCAGGAAAUGGUAUAUAA